AUGGCGGCGGCGGCGCUGCGGUCCCGGGGCGGCGGAGCGGUCCUGGCGACGCUGCUGCGGCCCCGGCGUGGCUACAACAGCACCUUCCGGGCCUCGGAGCUGGAGCUGGAGCGCUCGGGGGCCCCCGGCACCCCCCCGGCCCCCCAGGAGCUGGUGUUCGGGAAGGUUUUCACCGACCACAUGCUGAUGGUGGAGUGGAGCCGGGACCGGGGCUGGGGGCGCCCCAAAAUCCGCCCCUUCCAGGAGCUGCGGCUGCACCCGGCCUCGUCCGCCCUGCACUACGCCGUGGAGCUCUUUGAGGGGCUCAAGGCUUUUCGGGGUGAUGACGACAAAAUUCGACUUUUCCGCCCCGACCUGAACAUGGAGAGGAUGCAGAGAUCAGCCCGCAGGGUCUGCCUGCCCGACUUCGACGGGCGGGAGCUGCUGGAGUGCAUCCGGGCGCUGGUGCGGCUCGAGGGGCGCUGGGUGCCCCGGGACCCCCAGAGCAGCCUCUACAUCCGACCCACCUUCAUCGGCACCGAGCCCACGCUGGGGGUCGCGCCCCCCGGGCGGGCGCUGCUGUUCGUGGUGCUGUGCCCGGUGGGUCCCUAUUUCCCGGGGGGGGCCUUCACCCCCAUCCGGCUCCUGGCUGACCCCCGGCACGUGCGGGCCUGGCCGGGGGGCGCCGGACACUGCAAACUGGGAGGGAAUUACGGGCCAUGCCUGGAGCUGCAGGAGGAGGCGUGGGCCCGCGGGUGUCACCAGGUGCUGUGGCUCUACGGCCCCGAGUGCCACCUGACCGAGGUGGGCACCAUGAACCUCUUCGUCUUCUGGGAGCGCCCGGACGGGGGGGUGGAGCUGGUGACCCCCCCCCUGGACGGGCUGAUCCUGCCCGGGGUGACCCGGCAGAGCUUCCUGGAGCUGGCCCGGCAGUGGGGUGAGUUCGAGGUGCGCGAGGCCCCCCUGCCCAUGGACAGCGUUUUGGGGGCGCUGCGGGGGGGGCGGCUGCGGGAGAUGUUUGGGGCCGGCACCGCCUGCGUCGUCUCUCCCGUGGGGGAGAUCCUGUACCAGGACAAGCUGCACCCGGUGCCCACCAUGGAGAACGGCCCCAAAGUGGCCCGGAGGUUCCUGCAGGAGCUCAGCGACAUCCAGGUCAGCGGGGGUCGUUAA